UAAGCGUUCCAGGAAGACACUAGUUAACUGUCAUUUGGAUUAAAAUCAAAUCAAAAUCUCGAUUGGCCCUCCCGUUUUCUGAUAUGUCGCGUAGACGUAUAAAUAAAAGAUAGCGCGUAAGAUGUAUGAUUUUGACCAGACUGUCUAACUGAAGAUACGGAGUUCAUAUUUAAAGAUAAAAUAUGUGUAACUUGUUGAUGAAAUUUUGUUAAAACAAUUUGAAGAAUUGAAACACAAUUUACCCCGAUUUUUUCCUCUACUGCGGUUUAGAAUUCGUUAGAUUAUGUGAUGACGAUCUACGUAACAAAAAGUAUUGUUAAUUACAAAAUUGAUAAUGAAUUGAAGAAGCGUUGCGGAACAUAAGCUUAUAAGAAAACAGGAAGGAAAUACGACAGGAAUUAGUGACAUUUGUUUAUUGGUUUGCUAAUAUAAAAUAGCCUUUUUUAUAUUCUAUAUUUGAUUUGUUAACAGUGAUAAAAAUGUUGAAAUAAUCUGUUGUGAAAGGGAAAUUAAUAAAAUGAAUACAGAAAAUUUAAAUAGAUUAAAAGAGACCGAUUCCUCGGAGACAAUUCCAAGGCCUCGAUCAAGUCGAGUGUAUUUUUUCUCUGAAGUGCCACAGAUAGCAAAAUGUCAUGAUUGUGAAGUUUUUGUUCCUGUACCGAAGAAAUCAAAAGUUCAUCUGUUUAGGAGAAAAAAGUCAGAACUAACAUUGCAUCCAUUUGGAUCAUGUACUAUCAUGUUAUUGGAAUCCGACGCACCGGAGGACAUAGUUAAUUUCUCUGGAGAUGAAAACCAGACUCCAUUGAUGACCAUAUACCUUAACCGACUCAUAGACAAAUCAUUGGAACACAUUGUAAAUAAGGCUAAAGUUUGGCAAGAGUUCCAUUUGAAUGAUCUAGGGAGGAAAAGAUCCUUUGUAUUACAGUUCAAGAAAGGACCGGAGUUUGACGAGUUUUAUCCGAAACUUCAGAAUGUGAUCAAUACUCUGCAUGCUUGUAGAGAAGGCAAAGCAAGAAUGAAUAAAAAAUACAUCUUAGUAGGAUUCAAACAUAAAGAACCGGUUGAAUUUAUUCGGACAAUUAAAGAAACAAGCUCAACAGAAAGUGGAAUCAUUGAUAAUUCAUGUUCUACCGAUACUCUCGUGCACAGGCCAUAUAACCCUCAUCCACAUAUAUCAAGAGUUACUGGCUUAGACCAAGUACUGGAAAGAAGUAAGAGUUCACAAUCAGUUAAGGCAGAUGUAAAGACCCGACAAGGCAAAUACCUCAAAGAAAGACAAGUUUCAAUAUCAGCACCCCAAUCAUGUGAGUUUCUUCAAACGCUCGACGAUCCAGCUUGGACAUUAGAUUAUAGAUCAGAUUUAAAGACCCCUGAGGAUACAUACAACAAAAGAAAUGGUUCUGCACAAUCAGUUUUUCUUCAAACAAUUGAUGAUCCAGCUUGGCCAGUAGAUUACAGAUCAGAUUUAAACACCCCUGAGGAAAAAUACAACAUAAAAAGAGGUGGUUCCGCACCUCAAUCACUUUUUCUUCAAACUGUUGAUGACCCAGCUUGGGGAGAAGAUAUCAAAUCAGAUAUUCGUGACAGAGAUACAAUGAUAGAGGACAAACAAAAUCUCAAAUUUCGGUAUGAUCAGCAUGAAAAUUUGGAAAUAACAUUAAGAAUUACAGACGUAGACACAGAUACUGAACAUGAUGAAAAUGUUGACAAUCAAAAUCUCAAAGUUCGGUAUGGUCAGCAUGAAAAUAUGGAGAAAACUUUAAGAAUUACAGAUAUAGACACAGAUACUGAAAAUGUUGAAAAUGUUAGCAAUCAAAAUCUCAAAGUUCGGUAUGAUCAGCAUGAAAAUAUGGAGAAAACUUUAAGAAUUACAGAUAUAGACACAGAUACUGAAAAUGGUGAAAAUGUUGACAAUCAAAAUCUUGAAGUUCUGUCUGAUCAAAAUGAAAACCUUGAGAAAACUUUGAGAAUUACAGAUAUAGACAGAGAUACUGAAAAUGGUGAACAUGUUGACAGUCAAAAUCUCAAAGUUCUGUCUGAUCAAAAUGAAAACCCUGAGAAAACUUUAAGAAUUACAGAUAUAGACACAGAUACUGAAAAUGGUGAAAAUGUGGACAUGGAUAAUGGUGAUAAAAGUAUUGACUAUAGUGAAGGUUUCAAUACACCAGACACAGAUUUUGAGAACACUGGUAGGACAAAUUCAAACAUUGCCGAUGAUAACAAUCUUUUACCAUUUGGUGAAGAAAAUCUUACAAUGAAGGCAGGACAAGAACAAAAGCUGUGGAAACAUUAUACUCAACUGCUGCAGACAGCCAUUAAUGAUGGUGAUCAGGAGAAAGCUCGUCAGUAUGCAAACAUUUUAGCAGCAAGUCAUGUUAAAGGGAAUGUGAUACUUAAUGAUGAAACAAAUGAACUGGACAUCAACUUUAAGAAGAAUGUAGCCCCAAUUUUUGUGUUUGACUCACAUACCUCUGCAUCAUCACAUAGACAUGAAUCAACACUCAAACCUGAAAACCGCUUGCAGUUCCCCCAGCAGUAUUUUCAGGAACAACGCGCUAGAAGCAUGCCAGACAUUAGCAUGCAGUCGCAACAGUUUGCUGAUUAUGGUGGCUCAUAUAACAGAGGAUAUUCUGGAUCCCCCAAUUUGGACAUUCCACCAAACACAUCACCUGAUCCCAUUGCUCAACCUGUGUCUGGUAAUUGACGUGAUAAAGGCCUGCACCACCCAAAAACGGUUUUGAGUUUCAACUUGUCGCAUCUCAAUUAUAAAUAUUAUUUUAAACUGCUGGUUAAUACUGUAAACCAACUUAUUUUCGCGACUUUCGCGAGUAGAAAAAUAACGCGAAUAUAAAUCGUCGCGAAUAUGAAAAGCUUGGAUUUUACCAUUUCAAACAUAGUCGAGUAUUUUUGAAAAUCGAGAAAUUGAAUAGCUGCGAAGUUGAUUAGAAAGGGGAAAACGCGAGUAAAAGUAUCCUCGAAAAUAAGUUGGUUUCCAAUAUGCUGUAUUGUUUUGAUAGCAAACUGUCAAAAUUAUUUUUAAAAGUAAUAUCUACAAUCUGUAUAGUAACUACAGAAAACCUGUGUGAUUUGCAAUACACUGUAUAAUUACAUUGCUGCUCUAAAAUACUAC